UAAAGUAUCUCACAAGACCCAGACACUCCCACUCUCAGUCUAACGCCUUUUAACUCUCUGGAAAAUUGUCGAAGAAGUUGGUUCCCCACUUCCCCGCCACUUUUAACUCCCUUCAAACUUCCACAUUCACAACAAUGGAAUCUGAGAAAACAUCAUCAUCGAGACCGAAGAGAAAACCCCUUUCGGAUUGCACUAACACUCUCCCUAAUCGCCGGAAGAACCCUUCGUCUAAUAUUCCCAAAUCACAAACCCUAAUUAAGCCUCUGAAACCCUCUCAUGUCACCGCCGAUUCCAUUAAAAACAAGCAAUUGCCCCCUAUUUGUAGCACCCCGAAAACGCCGGCUAGUACAGGCUCCAAUAAUCUUCCUGGUUUUCAGAAUGUUUUUUCGAUUCUUCAAUCGCCUGAACCUCCUCUUCCUCUUACUCCUGUUUCUGAUGCUGGUGGUGUAGAUAGCCGGAAACCUAGGCUUCCAAAUGAAAAGAGACAAAGAACUGCAACAAGGAAGGACAAGGGAAAAAUGAUUGCAGAUACUCCUAACAUCGAGUUAUCUACAUCUCUAACUUCUAACCCUCUACAGAUAUUAUCAUCGUCUGCUCCUUGUCAUUCCUCUCAGUCUAAUACUCAAGCUCUUGCGAGUCCUAGUGGGAAUGCUCAAACAAUAAAGAUUUCAGAAAAGAGUCCUGGAGAUGCUUCUGUCACUCAAUUUUCUACUCCUUUCUCAUCUAGGUAUUCUCUCUCUGAGACUUCAGCAGCUGAUUGUCUAAAAUUGCCUGAAGAAAAACGGAAGGAUAAGGGAAAGAUGGUCUUGGAGAAUUCUGAUAUCGAUGCAUCUGAACCCUUAACCCCUCAUUCUUCUCAUGCAUCACUUGCGGCUUCAGGUGGCAUAGAUAGUAGGAAACCUACGCUCCCAGAUGAACCGAGUCUGAGAAAUGCAACAAGGAAAGAUAAGGGAAAAAUGAUUGCUGAUGCUUCUAUCAUUGAGUUAUCUGCAUCUUUAAUUUCCAACCCUCCACAGAUAUCAUCGUCUUCUGCUCCUGGAUAUUCUUCUGAAUCUAAUAAUCAAGCUCUUGAGAGUCCUAAUGUGCAUGCUCAAACAAUAAAGGAUAUAGGAAAGAGUCUUGGAGAUUCUUCAGUACUUCAAAUUUCUACUCCUUUCUCAUCGAGGUAUAAGUUGUCAUCAUCUACUUUUGAUGCUCUCCCUCAGACUUUCACAGCUGAUUAUCAGAAACUGCAUGAAGAAAAAAGGCAGGAUAAGGGAAAGAUGGUCGUGGAGACUUUUGAUAUCAAUGCAUCUGAACCUUCAACCCCUCAUGUUUUUCAUGCAUCACUUGCUGUUUCAGGUACCCGUGAAAGACCUGUAACGGUGUAUAAUCAAAGAAGAGGCCGUCCAGGAAGAAAGCAUGUGGAUGGAAUGUUCAACGUGUCUAUGAGUUAUCAUCCUGUCAAGACGAAGAAAAAAGGAUCGGGACUUGCUUAUGAGGGAGAUAUUAACCAAUCUGGAUCACGUUCAGACCCUCUUCCAAGGUGUAAUAAGGUAAGUUUACUGGAAUAUUCACCAACACUCGGCUAUUCAACGUGUUUGCAGAAGCAGUCUCGUAAAAAGGAUGAUGGUUCAGUGCAUGAAAUGCCUAAAGAAGAGGUAGAAAAACUGAGAUCAUACUAUGCAGACAUAGAUGCUUUUGAACUGCAAGAGGAGGAAGUAUCCGACAAUGAACGGGAAGAAAAAUAGGCGCAAACGUUAGGUUUUAAGAGCAAGAAUAGCAGGUUUUGUGUAGCUGCUGGUGUAAUACAACUAGAUAGACUCGUUAGUCGUUAGUCGUGAGUCGUGAGUCGUGAGUCGGUGUAAAUCAGUAGUGUUCUAUGGUGUUAGUCAAAAAUGCAUCAUUGUAUAAAGUUACUUCCAAUGUUAAGAAGUUAAUAAUAAAUAAAUAGUAGGGGGUUUAAGUCUGUAAAUAGCGUAAACUAUUAUUGAUAGCUACUUUUUGUUUGGAAAUUCCAUGCGUAAUCCUAAACUUUUGGCUUUUCGAUGUGGUAAAUAAAUAUUUUUAUAA